UGUCUAUACCUACGCAAUUGUAGGUCUCAUAAUAGAUCUACACAGUCGACUACACUUCAGAGUUCAGAGUGUUGAUAAGUUCUUAUGCAGUAUUCGCUAGAAGUUCACUAUCUCAUAUAUUUUGUACUUUUCGUUGCAUUCAAAUUCAAACAUACAGUCGUAAAUUGAUAAUGGACCUUACACAAUACCACUGCGCUCCAGAGCGUUUCCUUAUAAUAGUGACGAUACUUUAUACCACAGCACUGACGGUGUCGACUUCUGUUCAAAAUGCAUUGAUGCAGAAAUCAACGUGUGACCCGUUAAUUCCAUUUGGCGAAUGCCUAGUAGGUGAAUAUGAAGGUCGACGCCGUUUGUAUUCGAACACUACGUAUUUACAAUAUUCCAUUUCAUUCAUUGUUGUAUUACUAGCAGGAGCAUGGAGCGACAGUCAUGGCAGAAGACGUAAACCUUUGAUUUUCUUACCAAUUAUUGGACAAUUUUUAACCGAUGGAUUAUACUUUGUGAAUCACUUUUGGCAUUGGCCUUCAACAUUUAAUAUAAUCUUUACAUCAGUUAUCCCUGGAUUGUACGUUGGUCGAAAUAUGUUUUGGGUUGGUGUGAUGUCAUAUGUAUCAGAAAAUUCAAAAUUUGAAUCUAGAACUUUGAAACACGGGAUAAUUAUUGUAACAUAUACCUUCAGUUUGUUAAUAGGGUGGGGUUUAGUUGAAAUUUUAAAAGAUGGGAUGGACUAUUUACAUCGUUAUAUAUUGUUCGUGGUACCGAUAUUGUUUAAUUUGUUCGCCAUACUGAUUGGCCAUUUGUAUAUUGAAGAUAAUUCUGAUAUUUAUAACAAAGAAUAUGGUUGAGCCCAAACUCUUUGUUUAAAGGUUUCAUUGGUUUAUUUAAAAACAAAUAUAAGGGGUUUCCUAUAGUGCUAGGAACUUUAAUAAUAUGCCAAGCAGUCAUAGUAGCGAGAAUAGGAAGUGAAUAUGAAAUAAUAAUGCAAUAUGUAAGAACUUCGUUUAUUUGGUACAAUGACGACUAUAUUUAUUUCAGUGUUAUCAAAAUGUUGGCUACAAUUUUUGGUUCUAUGUUCUCAGUUUUUGUGUUGAGUUACAAUAUGAAAAUAAGUGACCUAGCUAUUGGUAUUUCAGCUUGCAUCAUUUACAUCAUUGCUGCUGUUUUAUACGUUAUUUCAAAUCGUUUUUGGCAAAUUUUUAUUAUUGCCAUGAUAUAUUUAAGUCAUGGUAGUGCUGUAACAAUUACAAUUUCGCUAGCAUCUAAAUUGGUUCAGAACGAUCACCUUGGACGAUUUUAUUCCAUUCAAACAUGUAUAAACUCUGUAAUGACGUUUGGUAUAAUUAUGGCAUAUAAGACCGCAUGUGAUAAUAUGUAUUCCACUAAAUUCGGUCACUUUUGUUUAAUGAUUUUGAUGUAUGUCAUACUGACUAUGCCUAUUUUAUUUGUUUAUUUGACACUAUAUGCGAAGUGCAAAUACUUCUGGGAAAGAUAUUCUACCAGAACGUUAAGAACAAGACAACAAUCUAUUUAUGUCAUAGGUACCUUCUAAUUAAAUUAUGCAAUCAUUGAAUAUUAAUAAAUAAUGUAGUACUAGAUUUUGUUUAAGUUUUUCUAACAUUGUAUUGUAUAUUAUAUUUGUAUUAUAUUUAUUAGAUUAUUUAUAAAUAUUAUAGGCAAUUUUCAUUUUAUUUAAAUUAUCAGAUAUUUGUUUAAGUUUGCUUACAUAAUGAACAAGUUAAAUUAUCAUAAUUCAUAAUAUAUUAUAUCUAUAUGUAUAAGAAUGUCUGUCUGUCUGUUCUUUAUGCCUGUUCUUUAUGCCUGUCUAAAUGGAUGGAUGCAAUUGUUCCUGUGUGUUUGAGUGGUUCCCUGGAUAAUCUAGGAUUUUGAGAUUUACGAAGGAAAUGUUUGUUUAUAAAUGGUGGCUAUUGGUUAUAGGAGAAUUACAAAUAUAUUUUAUAGAAAUUAGUAUUUGUUCUUGUUUAUUGUUUGAUGUUGAUUAAUCGGGCAGAUCAAGUAUAAACAUGCAUCAAAUCAAAUUUGUCUGAUCAUCUCAAAUCUAAUUUGAUCAUUGUAUACCGAGGUGGCUGAGUUGCACUUAUAGCCAAUCAUUGGUGUGUAAUAAUAAAAAAAUAAAAAAAACAUAUUAAUACAGAGUAAGUACCAAGCGUGGUUCGCAAUCCACCACAAGUGGAUUGUCUACCUGAUCAUAUACUGCAUUUUAGGUUUCUAAACAUAUGCUUAGAACACCUUAUAUCCCUGUUGUAUCCGUCUAUCCUUCCGUAAGUUACCAAUAAAUGCAUAGUUAGUAGUUACGAUUGUUUUUAUUAAGGAAUUUAUUCUUCUUAGUAGAGUCACUCUACAUAAAUUGUAUAUGAAUUUAUAAUUUAUUGCAUUGUAUAAAAAUUUAAAAUACUUUUAGAACCCGGUAAUUUAACAAGCUUGCAGAGUGAGCUUCACUUACAUGUUUAGGCUAUAGAACGAUUAUUGUAUAAUUGAAG